GUGCAACCACAAUAACAUUACACUUGUUUAUUUUUGUUUUAACACGCUAAUUAGGAGGAACAAUGGACCAGGAUCGGACCCCAUCGACUCCUGUGACGAAGAAGGAUAAAGCCUAUGCAACCAACAAGCUUUCCCGAGAGAAGGAAUCCCAUACUGGCGAAAAAUCAGCAGUGGAAGAGCCUGGCAGUCGUGGAUUACCGGGUAAUAUAAUGACUGAAAUGGCCAAAAUAUACCAGGCAGAUCGCCAGAAUAGCUUGAGGGUGCGACGAGAUCAAGGUCACAACCGCAGGCUGGCUGACAGCAGUGACUUCGUCGCCUUGGAGGAUCUUCUCCUGGUCCAUUGCGAUCCCACGCCCGAAGAGGUGGUCGAGAACAUCCUGAGGGACUUCUGCUCAUCUCCAACGUAUGUGGAGGACGAGGAUGAACCACCCUGCGAGUCUGAACCAUGGUUUCGGUUUCGCCGUAAACGGAUCAAAACCUACUGCAAAAGGAGGGUUCCCAAAGAGGAGGAAUUGCCUGCAGUAGUGGAAAACGAAGAACAGGAUCGUCUUAGCUGCUCCUCGGGCCUAUCGGUGCAGGAGGAUCUAAAUACUACUUCCUUAUCUGUUGUUUGCGACAUGGAUGUUAAUACAUCGCAAAAGAUACGCGAAAAUCUGCAGAACCUAAGUCAAUACUUUUCCCUGAGCAGCACAGGCUCCAAUCCUAAAAUAGAUCUUCCCUCUAAGGCAAGAAGGGAUUCUGAGAAACCCUCGUGUUCCCGGGAACUUCAAAACGGUCUUUCAGACACAAAUUCAUCUGCCGAGUGUACAAAUACUGAAAUGCAGAGCCUGAAAGAUGACUUGCUGGAGAACGGCUUCACAUUCGAGGCCUCCCAAAUCUGUGAUAUCAAGCCUCAAGCUCCAGGAUCAAUGGGUGACACACUGUUUGGAGAUAUUCGGCAACCUACCACCAUUUCGCACUCACAAUUGGAUAUCAAAUGCGAAGAAUGGUCUGAAGCGGACUCCUUCUUGGAGGACUACAACACUGAGAAGAUGUCAUUAGAUGUUGAGGAUUCGAAACCAAAUGUGAAUCAAUUAAAAACGGAAACUGCCGCCUUGAAGGUAGAGAACGAGGAUAUCUCAGUAUUAGAUGACAUUCCAAUCAGUGAGUGGCUAGUUGAAAUGGAUGUCCCUGAUAAAUCCCUAGAAGAAACCAAAAAGUCCGCGCAAGAGAUCGUUAAAUUGGGGCUCAAUUCUCAGACAGUACUUAAGGGAGGAGAAAAUUCCGACAAACCAAUUGAGGUUUCUAAGGAAAUGCAAAACAGAGCUGCUAAGUUAUUAGCUGAUUUGGAAGCAGGUGAAACACAUCAGCAAGAACAAGAUUCCAAGGAUGUGGGCUUUCGAACAGCCUCAAACAAAGCGAUUAAGAUAACAGAAGAGAUGGAAAAGAAAGGAGCCAUGUUCUUAGCCCAGUUCAAAGCUACAGACCAAACAGACCACGAUCACGAGGACAUAAAUUCGUCAGAUUUCGUGGGCUUUAAAACAGCUUCUAACAAACCAAUUGAGAUGACCGAAGAGAUGGAAAGGAAAGGAGCCAUGUUCAUAGCCCAGUUCAAGGCUACAGUCCAAACAAAGCAAGGUCACGAGGACUCGAAUUCCUCAGAUUUCGUUGGCUUUAAAACAGCUUCAAACAAAGCGAUUAAGAUGACCGAAGAGAUGGAAAGGAAAGGAGCCAUGUUUAUAGCCCAGUUUAAAACUACAGAACAGCCAAGUCAAUCGAAGGAUGAGGCAUUUUUGGAGGACAUUGCUUUUAGCGAAUGGCAACCCAUUGAUUUUCCAGAUGUUCCAUCAACUUCGAUUAAACUUACUGUCACCCAGAAGGCCAAAGAGAUUGAGCUUCCUGAAAAGAAGACUCCUAGUAAAACUCAGUCGAAGACUAUUCCGCAGCUUGUUGGCUUUCGAAAAACACCAUACAAAUUUUUAGAAGUGCCGGAAGAAAUGCGAAUAAUGGGAGAUAAGUUAAUCGCCGAAGUGGAAUCCGGUUUAUACCAGCCUAGUCAAAGGCGUAGCUCACAUACUCAAGCAUAUUCGGGUAACAACAGCCAAGUCAUGGGUUCAACCGAGUUUGUGGGAUUCAAAACAGCCUCAAAUAAGCCCAUCGAAAUAUCGGAAGAAAUGAAAAGAAAGGCUGCCCAGUUAAUAGCUGAGGUUGAAGCUGCCGAAGUUAGUCAACCAAGCACAACUGUGCACAAGGAAACCGGGAAUGAGUCCGAGUUUGCCGGCUUUCGCACAGCCUCAAACAAACCAAUUGUGAUUUCUGAAGAGAUGAAAAAUAAAGCUGCCAAGUUGAUGGCCGAAGUGGCAGGAGGAGAAACUAUUAAGAAAAUACUUUCCUGUGAUGAUCAGCAGACUAAUGGAAGUGUCCUAAAGGAAAGUCCGGCCGAAGGAACAACACAAUUCAUUGGCUUCCUAACAGCGUCAAACAAACGCAUCGAAAUUUCAGAGGAGAUGAGAAAUAAAGCAGCUAAGUUAAUGGAAGAUGUGCAAAAAGCGACUCCAAUGGAAAUAUCAGAGAAUCAUGAGAAAUCCUCAAACAGUUCUGAUCAAGUAUCUGUGGAGGAGCUCCUUGGCUUCGAAACAAACGAUGACCUUUACUUUUCCAGGGACGAAAACACCAACGACUCCAUAUUUCCCAGGCUUUCGCAGCGAACGCAAAAUAAUUUAGAUUGUAAGAAUGACUCAAGUGUGAUAACACCCAAGCGUAGAAGGGACACCUCCGACGGCAUUCCCUCGAGCAAAAGGCGUCAUAGAGAACGGAAAUCACCAGAGCAAAAUCCUCCGCAGGGCAGCAGGCAAUUAACAAAGACAAAGUCCUGCCAGAGUGAGCUCGGAACGCCCCCCCAGUCGCAGGAGAUCCAUGCCUCACUAUCCCAACUGGCAGGUCUAUCGCCGCUGGACCAGAGCACCAAGACUUCCGUGAUAGCUCGCCGCAAUCUCCUCUCAUUAAGCAAAUUGCGCAAGAAGAGCAGCACGGCGGCUGGAACUUCUGCGGGGACAACAAUUACUCCGGCAAAACCCCGAUUUGCUCCCAUGCCGGCUUCGACAAGUACUCCGCUCGCUGACAGGAACUCGAACCAAGCCAAGGACUCCAAGAGCCUGAGACAGAAUGCAGAGGACAUGUCCCCUAUUUGCAUGCCACCCAACAAAACAAGGAAACUUGGUUUGAGUCGGAGUCGCUAUUGAGGCAGCAACCAGGCCCACGGCCCACAAGACGAAAGCGAAGAAAUAGUAGUCCAGGUCGAACGCCUUAGCCGGAGGCUCAUCAUCCCGCAUCAGGGUGUAGAUGCCCUGCUGGAUCAGCACCCGGAAGGUGUCCGCCUUCAUUUUGAUGUUGAUGCCGUGCUCCUGCAGCCGCCUCAUGAACUCACUGGUCAUCUGCAAGUACGGCAAACUAUUCGACACGCAAAAGGACUCGAGGGCAAAGCCCACUCUCUGGCGUAUCAUGUAGAAGCGCGGCGUCUUCAGCAGGUACUGCUGCAUCAGGAUCAGCUCCAGGCGAUCCUCGUACAGCAAAUACAUGUAGCUGGUGUUGAGGCCAUCGCGAUAGGCCUUCAGCAGGGUGGCAUUCAGGGUCAGGCUGUUCCGCCGCAGGGCCUCGGGAACCAAGGCAUUCGAUUGCAACUGCUUCUUGUAGAACU